UGUUUAUGUACAUAUGAUACGACACAAGAUAUUUUGAAAUCAGCAUAAACUUUUUAGAUCUAGAUAUAGAGCUAGAUGCUUAUUUAAAAAAAAAAACUACCUAGAAACUAUUGACUUGUAGAUGGAUAAGGUUUAUGAAUUAUGGUUAAGAUAUUUUUAAAUGAAAUUGACAUACUACGACUUUAUCUGGAUUCCAUUGUUGUUUAUAUUUACACCUCUCAUUGUGAUUGGGUAUAUUACGUCCAUAUGGUUGGCUAUCAGGAAAUGUCUGCGAGUUAGAGAAAGACGACGAGCUAGGCGUACUUCAAAAGCUGUAGGCCUGACCAAAGAAGAAGUCAACCGUCCCAGCGAAAUGAUUAAUCCCAAAGGGUUGAAUGAAAGUCAAGUCAAGUCAAGUCAUGAUUUGUUGGUUAGUCAAGAUACAGUAGAACCAACUACUUCAAACAAAGAAAUGGCCAUGAAGUCUUCUUGAUAUGAUUGUAGUGAAGACAAUAAAUGAAUGUCAGAAAAUAGAAAAAAAUAGAUGCAAAAGUAUGUUUACUGAAAAUAUUUAAGGAAUUAAAACUUAAUAAAUUGGUGUGAUAUAAUUUCUAUAUAAUACAUACAAUUACGACAAUCGGCGUUAGUGAUUUAUGUAGGCUGUGUUUUAAUUAUAGAAAUUCUAUACUAUUAUGAUUUUUAACAUUCACUGCAUUAAAUUAUAUUGAUACUCUUGGAGUCCUUGAGUUACCCACACUAUUGUUUGGACCUACGUUAAUAUAUGACAGUGACACCCUCAUUGGACCAGCUCCUUGACGUUUUUGUUGCACUAAUUCUGUAAGGCUUG